GCUGAUUAACUAACCCCAUACCAUUGUAAUAGCAGACCCAUCUCCCAAGAUGACCACAUCAGAGCUUGCUUGCGUUUACAGCGCCCUCAUCCUUCACGACGACGAAGUACCCAUCACCGCCGACAAGAUCAACGCUCUGUGCAAGGCUGCCAACGUAGAAAUCGAGCCAAUCUGGCCAUCACUGUUCGCUAAAUGCUUGGGUGACAAAGAUGUUGGAUCUUUGAUCAACGCAAUCGGAGCCGCCCCAGCUGGUGCUGGUGCCGCCGCCGCUACCGGUGGUGCCACUGAAGUCGCCGCCGAGGCUGAAGCUGAGCCAGAACCUGAAUCAGAAGAGGAAGAAUCAGAUGAUGACAUGGGCUUCUCAUUAUUCGAUUAAUAAUUUAUCUCUGAUGUGUUUUUUAGCUAUUUGA